AUGAGGAGGAUGAAGCUGGGGUCACAAGGCCUAGAGGUCUCGACUCAAGGACUGGGUUGCAUGAGCAUGUCCGUCUUUUAUGGCCCCCCGAAGCCCGAGCCAAACUUGAUCAAAUUCCUCCACCACGCCAUCGACACUGGCGUUACCUUCCUUGAUACCGCUGAUGUUUACGGUCCCUUCACCAACAAACUUCUUCUGGGCAAGACUUUGAGUGGAGGGGUGAGAAAUAAGGUUGAAUUGGCCACCAAAUUUGGUAUCAACUUUGAGGAAAACAAGAGAGAGAUUAUUCAAGGGGAGCGGGCAUAUGUGAGAGCUGCUUGUGAAGGAAUCUGGAAACGACUUGGUGUAGAUUCUAUUGAUCUCUAUUAUCAGCAUUGA